CCAACGAUGCAAUCCUGUUUUGUGCAAUGUGAAGAGCGAAUAGAAUCGCUAGUAGCGGUUGCAUCACAACCUUUUUCAGCACUGUUCUUUCUAUUUUGCUCGCGGACAAAAACGAACAAUUCGCCAGUAAAGUGGGCUCUGCUGUUUGUGCUGAUAGUGGAAUUUUAAUUGUGUUAAAUUGCAUUGAAUCAACGGCGUGGAGUAUGCGUUUCGUUCUGCUGGUUGUAGCUGCACUUUAUCAUUGAUUUCACAUUCGUGGGUAUUUUCCAUCCAAGGUAGGAAUAAAAAGAAUGAAGCUGUUCAGUAAAUCGCUGAUAGUGGGUAAAAUCAAUCGAUAUUUACGAAAAAAUGUGAAAGAUCAAUCGCCCAACAUUCUGCGACUGUGGGCCACCCAGUGUGAGUUCGUGUUCGCUCAGAAGUUGCGGAGAAGCCAACAGAUCUUCGCUUUGUACGCCAAAAUAUGGGAAGAACGAGCCUUACGGGAAUUGCUGCGCCGUUUCCGCGGACAGGUUCAGCGCCAUGCAAAAGGUUUUUUGCUCUCAUCAGCAACGUUGUUGGCCUUUGACUGGGAUCGGGAACGGAUCGAAUAUGAAGACAUUGAGGACUACUUUGAAGAUUUCAAUUUCCUUGAUCGGCUGCAGAAGGAAACGAUCUAUUGUCCACGUUGUCAGCGACGGAAAGAAAUUGAUUGCCGGGUUGAGGGAAUCCGUUAUUGUUGCUGUCCUAAAAAUGUUACUGGUUUGAUGUCGAAGGAGAAAAACGAAUUUACUGUCUGGGAACCAUACAUCGAACAGAAGAGUAUGAUCACUUGGCGCCGGGAGGUGAAACCCGGUUUGUUUGCAUAUAAAGUUUAUGUGGAGUAUCCAGACAUUACGGCAGAAGACUUUCUACACGUUCAAACUGAUGUUGAGUAUAGGAAAAAAUGGGAUAAUACAGCAGUCAGCUUGGAAAUUGUAGACGAAGACACAGCCAAGGGCUCGAACAGUCACAUAAUCUAUUGGGAAAUGUUGUGGCCUAAAUUAUUCGCCAAUCGUGACUACGUGUACAAUCGGAGAUUUUUCGUGGAACGGUCCAAGAAAGUAAUCGUGAUUGUUAAUAAGAGCGUUCAACAUCCGAAGUGUCCUCUGAAACCAAACAACCAGCGUGUUGACGAGUAUUGGAGCUUCAUGGUCAUCAAACCGACGAUUAGUUUUACGAAGCCGGGUGUUUCGUUUAUUCUGACUUAUUUCGAUAAUCCUGGUUUGUCAAUCCCAAGGUACAUUACGACCUGGGUAGCGAAAAAGCAAAUGCCAGAUUUCUUGCAUCAAUUGCACAAAGCAACAAUUAACUAUGCGGCAGCCAAAAAGCAGAAUGAAACAAGAAUAGUUGAGUUCUGGGACAAACAUCGUGAUCCCGGUUUUGAAUAUCCUCCCGAUUGGCUACCCGGUUUCAGCAGCGAGGAUUAUCUAGACGCACAGAACAAAAACGAUACCAGCACUACGUUACAAGAAGCUAAUGUGAACACUAACCCGGUCGCAAUCGGUAUGGCACUUAGCAACAAAAACAGAACCGAUACUGCGCAGCCUCACACCAAAGCGUACACUAGCAACCAGGUUCUAAACCAGCAAGUAGUGUCACUAGAGACUUCUCCAGUGCCAGGUGCCGCCGCAAUCACAACAACAACAGCAGCACCGCCAUCCUCGGUAUCGCCAUCAACAACGCAGGACGAUUGUGGGGCGCAAAAAACUUCUUGGUGGAGUUAUCUCUACUCAUAUCUGUAUUUUAUUUAAGCAUUCAAAGCCAAUCAUAGAGUCAACGACUCUACUCACCAUCAGUUCGUUCAGUUCCUGUGUUUUUAUGCAUAGAUAGCGGCAAUGCUUGGUACCUCAUCAAUCUAACUCUGGACAGUGCAAAACCACUGUACCCCUCUGUUCUAGGAGUGGACACCUUCGCUCUCAGAAAGAUACCUAUCCUUGAACGUAAACACCUGAGAAAUGCUUAAUCAUCUUCUAAAGUGAGUUUUUCUGUGAAAAUUUAUGACGUGAAAUAAAAAAGCAAAUUAAUUUAACUGGUGCGCUCAGGUUCCAUAAUCUGCGAAUUCCAUGGUACUGACCAACUUGAGAACUAGUCCGUCUAAACAGCGCCCCCGGAAGCAUGGCUUUAUAGAGAUCAAAAGCUAGUAAAGUUUACUCAUGUUCAGCAAAGUGCAUACCAAACUAUUGUGAUUAUAACAACACAUACAUAUAUACAUCUCUUUGAAUAAAAAAACGCUCGUGACGAAAAAAACUAUGGAGUCACAUUAAAAAACAAUGCAAUAUUAGUUAUUCCUUAAAAAACGUAAAAUAGGUUUUUGCUUGUGAAUAACAAGCAAAAAAACAGGAUAUUUAGAGUUUACAAAUUCGAUUUACUCUAGUGUUCCUCAACUUCAAUCUUUUAAUGUAAAUGGUUGCUUGUGUUCGGAUCGAUAACAUAAAACUACGAUUGUUAACAUCUGAUAGUGCUAAAAUUAUAACGCAUAAGAAAC